GAAAUGCCUGUUAAGUUUAAGGGCACUUCUGACUACAAAAGAAACUUCAAGUGGCUUGAUUCUUUCAGAGAUAAACAUUUUGUUCCAAAGCCAGAACAGGCAGCAAGAUCAGCAGGAUUUGAUUCUGUCUUUGCCUAAUAUUUGUGAUUCAUCAUCAGUGUUGUGAACCAUACAUUAAGAAUCUGAGUCCAGUAUGGUCGACGUGGAAUCUUUCAAAAUAGCCAAGACCUGUGAGCCAUCUUUUCAACAUAAAAAGCGCGUGGAUGGGCCCCCGGUUUCCUACUCCCUUGAUUUCUACUGUAGCGGAGCCGGGGAAGACGAAUAUGCUCUUCUCGGACAGCAGGAUAAAUUUGCUCCCAAUGUUCAGUAUCGGCCUCGUCGCAGUGCCACCAAUUUCAAAAACCUGCAGCAACGCGAGGCUUCCCCUCCAAAACAACAGAAGUUGGAGAAAAGAUGUCACACGAAAGAAAAUAAGCAUAAGCCUGCACCCGUUGUUGAUACAUUGAAAUUCACAGAACUCGAUAAACCGAAGAAGUCCUCCAAGAAAACAAAGAAAGCAUCCAAUGUAUCCGUCCAGAAGAAUUCCGAGGAUUCGGAACAGCUGGUGACACCUCUUGCACCGAGGAAACCUAAAAACAUGCAGGCUCCGGAACUAAAAGCUGCCCUGAAGGACAAGAACCUGAGCGAUGUCCUGGGCGAGAAGCUUGCCAAGACAAAGGACAACAACAUGAAUGCGUUCGUUCAGACUGACAUGGCUAAAGGUGUCGCUCAGUCGGCCCAAGAGGCUCCAGCCGAGUACGCCAUGAAAUACAAGGCGGGUAUUGUACCUCCUCGACCUGGCAAGAAGAUGACGGAGUACCAGCGCGAGUUCGAGUGGAAGAACGGUAUCAAGUCGUCCCCUCUUCUGGCAGCUCAAGAUAUGUUGUACAAAGACCAAGUAGGACCUGGGAACGUUGCCAGUCUUCCAAAGACUACAGAGUAUACAGCUCAGUUCAAACCGUGGAUGUCUAUCAGCGUGGACGCACCCAAGUCACAGCCGGUGUCUGGAGAUCAACAGAAAAGAAAAACAAAGGUUAAAAGAAGCAAAAGUGUUGGAGCUCAACUAUCGCACGCAGUUGCUGACGACAAGCAGUACAACUCGGAACCUGACCAAGAAUCUCAACCAGUCCCCAACCCACUGCCGCAUCAUGGAAAACUCAGGAAAGUGACCACGGAAUACAGGUCUAAUUUUAAAUCUCCACUGAAGUGCACUUACAGCAAAGGGGCUUGGAAAGGAGCAGAUCCUCCACAGCUCUUCCCACAGAAGAAUGAAAACGUAACGGACAGUAACAAUAAUCAGGAUCGCAAGGUGUCGAGCUGGUUCACGGAGGUGCUCGAGCUGCGUGAGAAGGCUGCUGAGUACAAGAAGCGAGCCCAGGGCACGCACUUCUCCCGGGAACACCUCGUCCAGCUCCUCGCCAAACAGACCAACUGCUGGGACGACCCACCCACCCACCGCACCUCCAGCACACUGUCAGCCCUGUCGCUAGACUCUGGGCCAGGAUCCAUUGAACAGCGGAUGAAGAAGAAAGGAAAGUUAAAAAAUACAAAAGUGGUGGAAGAUUUUGACUCCUGUAAGGCCACUAUGGCAGAUUCAGUAACUGAGCUAGAUGACGAAAGUUCUGUCCGUCGAAUAUCUUCGUGGGAGGAGAGGGCGGGAAAGAAGGAGAAGUUAACCGAGACAAAACAAGUCGAUAAUGUUGACUCUGAUAAGUUCUCGGUUGCCGACUCGGUCUCUCAGGGGGAGCCUGAUGAAGUCUGCCUCGAUGAAAACACAGCCGGUGAAGGGAGUGCUGCCGACAUACUAGAACGAGAAAACGACGAUGAUGCCAGUACCAUUACACCCGAUGAGUACCUCGGACGGCUGCCCACACCACAGCUGAGAAGUGUCAACAAACCUUUUAAGAAAGUCCGACAUCAUCUUGCCCGUACAACUCCUGCUGUCGGAGGAGCCAUUUUGACCUCACCACCUCCACAGAAGGCUGUAUCAGCAUGGUCAGCUGACAGCGAUGACAGUGAAGAGUGCCGAAAAGUUGGACGGGCGUACCAGUUGAGAAAGCUGAAUCCGUCACCAACGUGUGGAAUGCCAUCGAGAGAUACUCACUGCCUCAGAGAUGAUUUCGCAAUGUCAGAUAGGCCCCUCAGAACACAUUAUGUACACAGUCCGGUGAAGGACUUGUCCGAAGAAAGUGGCAGCGAGGAGGAAACUCGCCAUUCCCGGAAGAAAGUCCGAGAUAAGCCUCAUUUUAUUCCUGGAACUAUCAAAGAACAAAUGGGUGAAACCUACAACAGACCGAACUUCCUUGACCAAGCUGCUGAGAAAGAUGAUGAUGUUCUCUCUAUCUCUGUCCGGUCGGUUGCCUCCAGCUGCUCGCUGGCGUCUGAUGUGUACGAGAGAUCUAAACAGCGACGCGACAACUUCUGGUCUAAAGGUGUAGCCACCAAGUGAACUACAUCUAAUGAGAAGCAGAACAACUUCUGGUCUAAAAGACCAAACUGCUAGAUGUUACAAAGGGACAGGACAACUUUCGGUCUAAAGGCUUAGCAGUUGAAGGAUAUGCACGCAGACUUAUUUUUAUAGAUAUAACAUGGAUUAAAAUAAUGCAGCUAAUUUGUUUAAUGUAACAGAUGCAAAAUUUUCACAAAAUCUCAAGAUUCCGUCCAUAUUUGAUAUUUGUUAUAGGAUUUUAUUAAAUUGUUAGUGGAUUGAGUUACUGUAAGCAAAAUUACAACUUUUUACAAAGUAUAAUUAGUAUUAGACUAGAUUGAUAUGCACUAUUUGUUGUUGUUAAGUAUAUUUUAUUAGUUACUUGGUAGACUAAAGCAUAUUCGAUGGAAUAGUGAUGAAAUAAUGUUGUACCUUAAUUUCUUGUGUAUUGCCCACCGGCUAUAUGUUUUUAAACAUUGAAAUUACCCCCAUGCAGCUUAUCUUACAGCUGUGGGAUAUACGACCCAUUUUGUUUUACACAAAAGCUUGUGAGAUAUUCUUGCUAUCUACUAUCUCCAGCCCAGUUCAUAACUUCCCCAUACAAAGCUCUGCACCCUGUUUUUUGUAACUGUGCAUACAUAAUGAUACCAAUUCAAUCAUAGCAAUUCAAAGGUGAAAACAACUCACUAAUUGGGGGAAUGGGGUCUGAAGGGACAAUCUGAUGUUCUAUGUGCAGCAAACAAUACACAAAAUAUUACAGUAGUGUGAAAUCAUAGCUUGCUCUUGUAUUUAAUUUUCUUCUGGUAUUGUUAUGUCGCCUAAUAUAAGAAGAAUAUUAUACUGUUGACAAACCUCAUUUCAGGUGGUCUCAUAUUACACUUUUAAAUCCUUUAGUCUUUGCUUCCUGAAUUUUAACAUUUGUCAGUCCAUUUAUAUACUAUUUCACUUGAUGAAUUGUCAUCAUCCAUCAGUGAUAUCUUAUUUGCUUGAUACUUACAUUUUAAAAUUAGGAAUAGAUCUCAUUGUAUAAUACACUAAGUUACUACAUUUUAAAAAUCUUAACUAACCGUCCUGAGUUUGUAACCAUUCAAAUAGACAGUGGAUCAAUCUACUCAUUGGCAAAUAUAACUAUCUUUGAAAGGACUAUCCAAAGGUUGUAAGAUGGACAGUCGAUUAUCCUGCUCAAAAGUAAUACAUUUAGGUAAUAAAACCUAGUGUUGUACCAAUAAAUACACUGAAGAUUCAUUUCAACCCAGUUAUUUCAAAUGUUGUUAAAUGGUUACAAAAAAUAAAGAUUGUUACGUAUUAAAUUAAUAUUGGCAAAAAUCCAUAUUGCUACAAGAAACAUUAGGAUGAGCAUAAAUGAAUUGAAUAUAGAGAUAUUUUUAAGUACGAAGAUCAAUUAAUAAUUUUAAAGGAUUCAAAUAGACAGUUGCCACAUGUUACAUUCGCUACAGACAUUGGAUAGUCCCUUUAAAACAUUCUGAUUUUUUUUUUUUAAUUUACAAUUAAACAAAUUGAUGUGCUACAAGCAACUUGAUUCUUUUGUCACUGAUACAAGCAUUCUGUGAUAUUAUUUGUUAAUGUGUGUUUUCUGUAAUAAUAUCAAAAGUGCUUAGAUAGGAAAUCAUUUAAAUGUUUAUUUUCAGUGAAAUGUCUAUAAUUAUAUAUAAUUCUUUUGUUGUUGGGGUAUUUUAAUUUUUUUUUUACAAAAAUAUCUUUCAUGCCCUAUUACCCUACACAAACAGAAAGAAAUGUUUUAUUUAACAACGAACUCAACACAGUUUAUUUACUGUUAUAUGAUACACUAAAACAUGUCAAAACUGUAUGGUCCCAAGAAGAUCCAGUUUUGGCAGGUUGUGGUUAUUGUUGUUUUCAACAUUUGUCAACAUGCUUUUUAUUAUGUGGUAUAAUACACUUAUUUUUUGCACAGACCAAAUUUUAAAACUGAUCAUAGAUGAUUAUGCAAGUACAAAGUUGUCGCAUUUCAUUUUGAUUAGGUUAUUUUAUUUAUAAUUGAUAUUGUUCACAAACUGCCACAGAAGACUUCCCACCAACAAAAUAAUUCUAGAAUGGAGUCUUCAAUUAUCUACAUGGCAGUAUUUUUAUCUAGGGCUAAAAAUAACCCUUGUUCUUUUAAUCCUGUGUACAAUUGGUGGAAUGUAUGUACAACAUUAUGAUUUAGCAUUGUUGUCUGAGCAUGGAAUGUACAACAUUAUGAUUUAACAUUGUUGUUGGAGCACAUAAAAUAAUGUGCAUUUCAAGUAAAGUUUUAAUGAGGUUAGUUUUUAUAUAUGAAAUCAUCAAAAGGAGUUCAUUUACACCCACCCCCAAACCUACCCUGGUUAAAGAUAGCAUGAUAAAAGUGAAGCUUGGUCUUUCUUCCAUUACUGAUUUUAAACAACCCAGGUUAACAUUUUGCUUCACAUUUUAGCUAUGGUACACUUUUUUUUAAUUGUGUAGAUAUUUGUCCUUUGUUAGAAAUGUUUGUUUACAUGGGGCAAAUCAGCACCUAUUAAAAACAACGGUAGGUAGGUACAAAGUGUGGGAAAUAGUUAAUAGAAGGGUGGCUGAGAGACAUUGAUUCAAAAGCAUCCUUAGCAAAUGUUUCUGCACAGUAUUUUUAGGCUAUUUUUCAUAAGGCUAUGGAAAUAUUCGGUCCUGUUUGAGAAAUUUCAUGUAAAAGAUUCUUGCUGAAAAUCAUGUGAUAGAAUUACCAAACAUUUGACAUGAUUCAUCCAUACAAACUUUUUAAUGUUAUUUUUAUAGUGUAAGAGAAAUGUUUUGUGGGGUUUUUUUUUGUAAUUUCUGUAUGCAUAGGCAUUAGAAUCAGGGGUCGGGAAAGGCCACUGCUCCAUUCCCAGUUAAAGCCAAGAUGGCCACAAUGUCUCCAACCCCACCCUCCUAGUUGGGACAGUUUCCAAAACCUGUGCUGUGUCUGUGUAGUAUGUGUGUUUUUUACUUAUUAGAUGUUAUAUUUGGAUUGUUUAGACCGUAGGGAACACAUGUUUUAGUGCAAAUUUAAUCUUACUUCUUAGUCUUUUGUAAAACAUACCAUUAUAUUUUUACUGUGUUGCAAGUAGUUGUAAUUUGGGGUGCAAAAUGUUUAUAUUUGUUGCAUGAAGAAAAUGUUUUAAAAUAAUUAUUGCUGUACUUUUUUAAACGUAACUUCUUGUUUUAACUAGAACUGAAGUGCAUUAUGAACACAAAUAUUAAAUAUACCUGUAUGCAGCUCUACAUUGUUAGUGAACAGUAAUUGUAUGUUAUAGCAAUCGCAGUUUUGACAUGUUAGAAAAAUGUAUUCAUAAUGUCUGAGAAUGCACCCAACAUCUUUGAUUAAAAGCAAAAAGGUUAAUAGGAGCCUCACAAAUAGCUAUAUAUUUCCAUUAUCAGUAUUAUUUUCAUUAUGGCUCCCCUAGUUUAAAAUUGUUUCAAACAGGCUUGUUAUAACAUGGCUCGAUGAGUUAUACAGUUGCAUCAUAUUUUGUUUAAACUUGCUGUUGGUGCAUAAAAUAGUGUUUGAGGAGUUACAUCAGGGGUGGGAAUUCUCCUCGGAUCAGCUCUUUUCCUCUCAUGGAAUAUUGCGUUUCCUCGCAUUUUAAUCGUCCUUUCCUCCAAAAUGUGUCACAUGGCACAGAUUUUAACCUAGGAUUUCAAGAAUUUCUGGGACCCCUCUAGAUUUCCUCUUUUUUUACAGUUCACCAAUUCCCACCCCUGUUACAUUCAGACUCGAACUGAAAAUGUUCAUAUUGAUCAUAUUUGCACUCAUAAUGUAUUUUAAGUCAGUUGUUUUGUCCUAAUUUAUUUGUUGUGUUAUAAUAUGGGCAAGCAACCUUUAUUCUGUAAUGCUUUAACAGUAACUUCCUGAACUUUAAUAUCUGUCUUCAGACCUGGUCUGGAAAACAACUGAGGGGAGUUCAUGAUUAAUUGUUUCUCUAACUUAGAUUAUAAGGACCCAUGUAAGAUAUUACCAUAUUGACACCAUACAACUUCACAUGCUAAGGGGAGCUAAAAAUAACUCUCCUAGAACUAGGCUCAGGAGAGUAAUGGUGAGCGAGAGUGAUAGCUCCCCUUACAUGAUGAGGCCUGAAUAUUACUUGGUUGUCUCCUCUGAAGAUAUUAUUUCAUCAGUUCUGCACUGCAUAACAAAUCUACUCGGGGUAUUUUAAUAAAAUAUAAAAAGCUAUUGUAUACAAAUAAUUAUUGAAGUAGGUUUUGUGGGGGAAAUAGAUUGAAGGUAAAAAUCAAUGACGUGUAAAAAUCAAAUGAUUUUUAAAAUUGUAUUUAUUAAAACUAGAUACAUAUUGUACACAAUGUCAGUAUAUACAUGUAUUAAAACAAUAAUUUAGACAGUCGUUUACUCGUCAUAUUUUAAUUUCUGAGAUUAAUCAUAAUGUAAUGAGGUUUUUUAAAACUGUCCACAAAAAAUGUGCCUUGUUUUUAUUUUUGUAUUAGCUGACAGUUUAUAUAUUGUUAAGAAAUAAAGGUGUUUGUUUUUAUUAUUAUAUUGUAUACAUCUGUCGGUUCUGUAAUAAAAUUACUUAAAUGA